CCAGAUAAGUUCACAUCUGAAGGAAAGUCUGCACGAAAUGCUCGAAAUCGGCGCCUUUCCUGCAUCACACCAGCGGGUCAGUACUAUGCCUGCCUUGUUGGUGAAGUUGUGCGCAUGCCCCUUGUAGUAGCCGGUUAUGGCGGCGAUGUGUGUUUGUCCAUGAGGUGGGGAGCGCGAGAUAUUCUCACGGACUGAGCGAGCAACGACUCACUAAACGCAGGCAUGGCUGGCGUGUUCGACAUCGAUUUGGAUCAGCCGGAAGAAAAUGUCUCCGACGAUGAGCUCGAAGAGGCGCAAAUCAACGACUUCAUGGAGCAGUGCACUGGCUUUGAGUUUAAUAUGGACGAUUGUGAAAAGAUCGAGAUUUCAGAAGACAACGUCAAUCAAGGAACAGAGAACAUUAGGCCGGAGUGUUUUGAGCUUCUGCGUGUGUUGGGGAAGGGAGGCUAUGGGAAGGUAUUUCAAGUUCGAAAAGUUGUUGGAGCAGCAUCGGGCAAAAUAUUUGCAAUGAAAGUUUUGAAGAAGGCCAUGAUCGUGCGCAACGCUAAAGACACGGCUCACACCAAGGCAGAGAGGAACAUCCUGGAGGAGGUGAAGCACCCCUUCAUCGUGGACCUCAUCUACGCCUUCCAGACAGGGGGCAAGCUCUACCUCAUCCUGGAGUACCUCAGCGGUGGGGAACUGUUUAUGCAGUUGGAAAGAGAGGGUAUUUUCAUGGAAGACACCGCCUGUUUCUACCUGGCGGAGAUCUCCAUGGCGCUGGGCCAUCUGCAUCAGAAAGGAAUCAUCUACAGAGACCUGAAACCAGAGAACAUCAUGCUCAACAACCAUGGUCACGUCAAACUGACCGACUUCGGUCUGUGCAAGGAGUCCAUCCAUGACGGCACAGUCACACACACCUUCUGCGGCACCAUCGAAUACAUGGCUCCAGAGAUCCUCAUGAGGAGCGGCCACAACCGAGCGGUGGACUGGUGGAGCCUAGGCGCGCUCAUGUACGACAUGCUGACGGGAGCCCCCCCCUUCACUGGCGAGAACAGGAAGAAGACUAUCGAUAAGAUCUUGAAGUGCAAGUUGAACCUCCCACCCUACCUCACACAAGAAGCCAGAGAUCUCCUCAAAAGGUUGCUGAAGAGAAACGCCUCGUCGCGACUGGGGGCGGGGGUAGAAGAUGCCACGGAGGUGCAGGCCCAUCCCUUCUUCAGACACAUCAACUGGGAGGAGCUUCUUGCCAGGAAGGUGGAGCCUCCUUUCAAGCCUUUCCUUCAAUCUGCCGAAGAUGUGAGUCAGUUCGACUCCAAGUUCACGAGCCAGACGCCGGUCGACAGCCCUGACGACUCCACGCUCAGCGAGAGCGCCAACCAGGCCUUCCUGGGCUUCACGUACGUGGCUCCGUCGGUGCUGGAGCACGUCAAGGGGAGGUUCUCGUUGGAACCAAAAAUCCGCUCUCCCCGGCGGUUCCUGGGGAGCCCAAGAACUCCUGUCAGCCCCAUCAAGUUCUCAUCAGGGGACGGCUGGCCCCGGGGCCCCCUGCAUCCAGGCACAGCGGCCCUCCAGUCCCCACAGGAACAGGCCAUGGAGGUGUCCACGCCGGAGCAGAUGGACGUCGUGGCAACCGCCGAGGCCUCGGCCCCCCUGCCUAUACGUCAGCCCGCCGGCGCCAACCAGGCCCAGUUCAAACAGCAGACCUUCCCAGUCAUGGCCAAGAGGCCCGAGCAUCUACGCAUGAACCUAUGACCGGUCGUCUUAGGAGAUAGUUUGCUUUUGUUGUUUUUCUUUUCUUGAUAUUCUUCCUGUUUUUUUUUUGUUUGUUUUUUCAAGAAAAAUGAUAAAGGACCCUAGAGAUUACGAAACUCUAACACACACACACACACGCUACCUGCGGUCAGGUUGAGGUUGUGUCCUCCGAGGCCUGAGCCCCAGCACCGCUCCGCAGACCACGGCACGGCUCACUUGACCUUUGAACCCUCACCCUGACCCCUAGUAGGACCCGGGUUCCGGGAUCUGGCAUCACUCUGGACCUUCGACCGUUUUGUAUGAACACCCUGUCAUACCACUCUACCAGGAAAUGAAUGAUGAAUAUGAAUCAUCAAAUGACUUAUCACAGUUAUCCACACUAAAUGGCAGUCUGUCUGUAAGACAUCCAAAGUGCUUCAAGUUAGACAAUGAUGACAACUAUGGCUUCCGCCAAAAUCUUGGGAGAUUUUACAGUAUUUCUCAUCAACUGCUUCCUUGCUACGUAUGAAUGAAAUCAUAUGAAUUAUUGAUAAUUGAUCAAAUAGAUGAUUUGGAUGGGAUCGGAAGUUAGCUUUAUGUCUUAAGUAUUUUACAAAAGGGAUGCAUCUACUGUGCUAUGUAUCAAUGAUGGAUCAAUACAAGCCUCAAUAAAAUAAAAUAAA